AUGACAAGUCCUGAAAGAGAAAGUUUAGAUGAUAUCGCUGCUUCUGAUUCAACAAAUUCAAAUAAGCAAAAAAUUUGCAGUCCUAACUUUGACAAAAUAUGGUCAUUUUACAUUAAAGGUUCUAGUAAAGGUAACAGACAUUAUAAAGUGACUUGUUAUUAUUGUUUAACUGCUUGGGAAUAUGGAAAACCACAAGUUAUGAAAGCACAUUUGGCCAAUCAUUGCGUAGAUUGUCCUGAAAAUAUUAGUGAAUAUUGGUGUCAUAAGUUAAUCGAGGAAGCUAAUACGAUUCAUGGUCGAAUGAUUAAUCUGCAAGAUGUGAAUAAUAUUCCUUCAGAAAUAAAAUGUCAAAUUGAUAAAUUAUUAUUAAAGACAUGGGUAAUGGCUGGAAUUCCAUUCAAUGUGAUUGAAAAUUCUUUUAUAAAGGAUUUAUUUAAAAAAUUGAAAUAUGAUCCACUAUUAUGA